UCUUACUGUAAAAGUCUUCUAACACUUCAUUACUUCUUUCGCGAAGUCCACUGGUCAAUUGAAGGAAGCAAUGGAGGGAAGAAGGGUCAUUGGAUUGGCUGCCAGAGAUGAAUCAGGACAUCUUUCUCCCUAUUCAUUCACUCUCAGGAAAACAGGUCCAGAAGAUGUGGUGCUAAAGGUGUUGUAUUGUGGAGUAGAUCAUACUGAUCUCCAUCAGAUGAGGAGUGAGAUUUUCCCCAUCAACUACCCUUUGGUUCCAGGGCAUGAAGUAGUGGGCGAGGUUGAGGAGCUGGGCUCAGAAGCAAAGAAGUUCAAGCUUGGAGACAAGGUAGGAGUUGGGUGCAUGAUUAGCUCUUGUGGAAAAUGCAUGGCUUGCGAGUCCAAUAGUGAACAAUAUUGCAGCGAGAGGAUCUUGACUUACAGUGGCACCAACAAAGAUGGAACUCCCACUCAAGGUGGCUUUUCUUCUGCUAUGGUUGUUCAUCAAAAGUUUGUCGUAAAGAUACCUGAGAAACUUGCACCAGAGCAGGCAGCGCCGCUGUUAUGUGCAGGGGUAACGGCUUACAGUCCCUUGAAGCAAUUCUACAACCCUGAUAAGGCUAUAAAGGCUGGAAUUUUGGGGUUAGGUGGAGUUGGACAUUUGGGAGUUCUGAUAGCAAAGGCCAUGGGGCAUCAUGUAACCGUAAUAAGUUCUUCAGAAAAUAAGAGAGUGGAAGCUUUGGAGCAUUUGGGUGCAGACGCUUUUCUAGUGAGUUCUAAUGCAGCAGAGAUGGAGGGAGCAGCAAAUAGUCUAGAUUACAUUCUAGACACUGUUCCAGCUUUGCACCCUCUGGGGCCUUACAUUUCUCUUCUCAAAGUUGCUGGGAAGUUGAUUUUUGUUGGGGUUGCCACAAAACCCCUCUGCUUCAACACCGAGCACUUGCUUUUAGCAGGGAAGAAAUCAUUGACCGGGAGUUUCAUAGGAAGCAUGGAAGAAACACAGGAAAUACUGGAUUUUUGGUCAGAGAAGGCCCUGACUUCGAUGAUUGGGGUGGUGAAGGCCGAUUAUAUAAACAAGGCAUUUGAGAAAAUGGAGAGGAAUGAAGUGAGGUAUAGGUUUGUGCUGGAUGUCGCUGGCAGCAACCUUGAAUGAUUCACAGGCCAUUUUCCCACAAAUAUUCUAUCUUAACAAUGUGUGUUUCACUUAUCAAAUACUAAUUCACAACAAUCCAAUAGGAUUGAGUUUGUAUUUCAUUUACCAAAUCAUUUCCAACAAUAUAAGAGAUGAGAUUGAGCUUUG